CAAGUAGUGUGUUGAGUGUGGAUAAGAGUCUGAAAGGAAGACACGAAGACAUCAGAUUACAGGUCAUAUGCAUUGUAAACAAUUUCAUUUCACCAGAAGGCGGUCAUCAUAAACAAGGAAGAUGGGUUCCACAUGGUCAGACAGCAUAAAGGUGGAAAAGGUUGAUAGGAAAGUCAAAUCAAUAUGGGAACGAAGGGGAUACAUCGCUCGGCAAGAAAAGACAGAAAUUGGAAGCAACUUCAAUUGCUGGCGGACGCCUGUUUCGGAAUUUUCAUCGAAUGAAUCAAUUCUUCGAGAAAGUUUUCAACAGAACGAAAUAACAAAGGAACUUUGGCAAAAAACCUGUGGUGUUGUAGACGAAAUCGCGAAAUUGUUUCAGCAGAAUGUCCAGAGAGUAUCCUCAUUGAGAUAUCCUUGCCUAUCCUUUGGAAAUUUUGUUAAGCAAGGAAGUUCUCGGGAAGGUUUGAAAAUUCGGCAACCAGACGAGUUUGAUAUGGUUCUUCCAUUCACAAUUAAAGGUAUUGAUAUACACACUGUUCCCGCCCUUGACAACGACGGAGAGCCGAUCCCUGCACUCGUGAACCUCCAAAUAUCCGAUUACGGCCAGAUUCAAAACAUCAUUAAUUGUACCCAGUACAAGUCAUUAAAUAGAGACGGCGUCUUUGAAGAACAUGGCGCUCAUUUGAUUCUUAGUGCGAUGUGUUUCCAAACAAAGGUAAUAACAUCUAUCAUGGAUACCACUAUUUCAGAGAUACAGAAAUCAAUCGACGCGAGGAUAAUGAAGGAAAGAUGUUCGUUUAAUCUCAGUAAAGCUAGCGUGUAUCCACCGACAUACAGAUUCAAGAUAUUAAUGAAAAGCGUUGUCCAUUUUGAUGACUUGUCUUAUGCUAAAGAUCUGUUAACCCAAUUAGAAAGCCGAACACCGGUAUGGCGCCAAGAAAGCAAGGUGAUCGAAUUCGAUAUAGUGCCAGCUCUUCUCCUUCAAUCCGACCGAGUCCCUAAUCCGGAUAGUUGGUGUUCUAUGAAAUGUGAGAGAUAUGCUGUGAUGAAGUGGGUCCACAAAGAACGCUAUGCAGAUGAUUAUCCUGAUCCUAACUUACUCUGGAAAGAGAGCACAUGCGGGUACGAGAAGCACAUCAUCGAUGUUAGUUGUAGAAAGCGAGAUUUCCGCUACAUAAUCACCGCCUGUAGGAUUAUGAAAGCUUACCUAGACGGUUCUAGUAACUCCUCACAGCUUUCCAGUCUCCUGUCAACAUAUCACCUCAAGAAUAUUGCAAUCCACUGCAUUCUUCUGCGACUCAGAGUUUCAGGGGUGAAGGAAGCUUUAGGCUACUUUAUGGCAUUCCUUGAGAUAAGUCUUCAAGAGGAGUUUUUGCCCCACUUUUUCUAUGGCAAUCCACAUAUUUGUACCAUGUUUCCAAACCUAUCAUCCAAUGCCACACAGAAACGUCUGAACCUAUUUAAUAAUAUCCCCCAGGACCACUUUCACCAGGCUUUUCUUUCCUUCAGACGGAUGCAAAAGGAUUUACGUGGAUUGGUCACCGAAUACUGUUACCUGAAUAGUCAACAAUGUUUUGAAUCCUUCAGAGAACUCUGUUGUUUGUAUGGUGAACGCAGUACUAGUAUGUGCAUGGUGAUGUGAGAAUUAGGAAUUAAAACGUUGAUUCUUCCAGAAUCCUACGGAAAAUCGUCUCAAACUCCAUUAAUAUUAUAAAAGCAUUGAUCUCUAGGGUAAAUUUAUUCACACAGAAGGAUAUGUUGAGAAUCAAGUCAGCGUACUCUUUCAUAUAUAUUUGGUCGAUAAAAAAUGUUGCUAAAUACUUCAAUUACGAUGCAAUUGAAAUGAUGACCACAAUACGAUUUGAUUGGUCAGGAUAGCAGUUACGAGAGGUAUCCUGAAGGAUAUUCCGUUCCCCGGUGUGGAGAUUGCCAAGCAAAAUCUAAACGAAAACAUGGAUUGUCGCAUUUCAUUUUAAAAUGAUAAGGACAGGAAUGUAUUACAAAAAUUUAGAAAUAAAAUUGGUGGAUAUUGCAGUACUAUAUGCAAUCCGUACAUUUAUGGGAGUGUAUAUGUCUAAAGUCUGGAAUAGGAUAAGGUAAUUCGAAGGGUUCUUUCUCCUUGUUAUUAGUGUGAAAUAUAAGAACCAUAUUUUUCAUCUAAAUAAAAUUUAGUGUUAAAUCGAUAUCUACAUAGUCAGAGAGCAAACAAGGUAACUGAAAACGCAAACCAACAUCAUCUUUUUUGCGCCUUUUGUCGAGUCUUAAUAUUUGGAACAAUCUCUUGUUUACUGAUUCCCUGUUGAAUUUCCCUCUACAGUUAUUUGUAAAAUCAAUAGAUAGGCUAAGGUUUAAACAAACAUCUAGAAUACCUAUCGAAAUAUAUCUGGUUCCAAGUACAAAUGGAGUUUUCCUUAGAAAUUCUGUUCAAACAUUCCUUUGGCUAUGAGCCUUCAAGGAUUCUUGCUAUAACUAUUUCAGGAGUACUGGAUGUACCUUCUUAGUCUAGUAGGGUACCGAUUGUCUCUAGUUGUGCAUUUCUCUAUUUUGAGACAGGUAUGAAAAGCAAUUGUCCGACAAGUUGCCAUCUCGCAUUUUACAGUUAUAUCUUUUGAUCACUAUUUCUUUCAGCCUUCAUACUCCAGAGGUUGCUUGCGAAUACAUUUGUUUUCUGCACUCCAGGAAUAUUUCGUAAUAAGAUUGGAGGCAGAAGCGAAGUAAAGUAAUUCAAAAAGAGUAAUAAGAGAUUGCUCCUUUGAAGAUUACAAAGGAGCGACACCCAAAUUCAAAGCGAGUCAAACAUAUCAGUAUGCAACCUAGAGAUUCGUUUAAUGUGCAUCACAGAGUCAGGUUUGACUUCUCAUCAAAUCCACAAGAUGUCGCGCUGUGUCUUUAGUUGUGCAUUUUCUCAUUUUAGGACUGAUCCGGAAAAAAUCUCUGUCAGGCGUCCAUCUUGAAUUUUGACAAUAACCUAUUAUUUAUUAAGAAGUAGUGGAUGGAUUCUCAAAUUUCAAAUGUACUGCUUUUUUUCACUAUUCAACCAUUGCAGCCACCCAAACAGUAGAUCAAUGCACAAAAAGUGGAAAAUGCGCAUGAAUCAAAAUAGUUAUGCCCACCACUUAUUGAUAAGUACUGCUUUAUAUGUCAGAUCAUCUCUAUUCCACGUGUUAACUUAGCCAAUACAGAAUCUAAAAGUGCAGAAAAAAAAGACAAAGUCUAGUGUUACGCCAGGGGGACAUAGUUUUUAUCGUUAUUUCAGCAUCAAUGUAUUGGAUUUUCUCACCAAAAUUCGUGAUGCAUCGAAUUUUGAACUGGAUUUUGUUUAAUAAAACUAAUCUUGGUUGGUUAAUCGGGUUACAGUUCGUCUCCGUGACUGCUGUUUCUAUGUGUUGUUUUAACGGCGAAUGUCGGUGUUCUGGCGAAGUGUAUAAACAUAUGCUAUUUACAUGACUGAUGUCUCAUAUGCCUCUUACUCUUUCGGAACGCCUGGUCUUAAUCACUCUGUAAAUUUCUGGUGACUCCGAGUUGUUUUUUUUUUUUUUUUUAAAUUUUAUCCUAUUUUUUAAUUUGAGUUUGGAUUAGGGUUCUGUUGGCACUUUUGUUGCUUUUGUGCUUUAUGUAUAGGUCAUCAGCAGAAUAUAAACCACCUGAGUUUUUCUCGGAAAUCAGUACGGCAGUUUAAAGGUAGAAUUGCUUCAAAUACGUUGUACGUUUCAAUUCAUUUAAAAUGAAAAAAAUACGCCUUUCAUUUUUUCCAACGGAUAAUGCAUUUUUAGGAAGCAACAUAUAUUGCAAUUAUUUCAGUAUACGUGGAUAGUAGUUUUGUUUUGCAGAAUAAUAUGCUUUAUCGUUCCUAUACAAAGUAAAGGAUUUCUGAUGUACCUAAACUAAAUGGACGGUCCACUAUCGAUGUUUUUACGUUUAAACCAAAUAAUGAGCCUAAAAUACACAGUGAAACAGUGUUUUUCUUUGAAAUAGAUCGCAUAUGUGAUUGCAGCGCCACGUUUUUAAGAUUUCGUGGCAUCUUCAUGACCGUAGAAAUUUUAUUAAAGAUAUUACGAUGUGGACAACCUCCAUCAACUUUUUGUAUCCACCGUCAGAUACAUCCAAUGCUGUAUACCAAUAAAAUAUUGUUUGCAUAA